CCGUGGCAACAUCUAUUUUUAGCAACAAAAGGUGGUGUGUACUAUAUAUAGUAACAUCUCUGCGUCGUCAUCAUACAUGGCCGGCACUGAUCAACAACUGAAAUAUCCCCUGCCUGUGCUGUGUGUGGAGCGAUUCUUUUCUUGUUCUCUACUGUCGUUCCCUACUCUGUGGUGGGUAGGUGUAGUGAUGUGUGACAUAGAGGACGUGUAUGAGGAGAGUAGCGAGGGAGAGGAAGACGUGGAAGAGGAUGAACUGCGGUUCUCGAGUGACGAGGAAACCAAGUCCACUUCCGCGGGCGCCGUCUGCCGUCAACCUCCGAGCUACCAUUCCCUCAGUGCGGACACAAUCAGCAAAAAGAUGUUCGACAUUGUGGACGAAGUGAACGUGGUAUUUCAGUUGCCCACUCCCUACGUGAGGUUGCUGCUGAUUGCCUGCAAGUGGGACAAGGAGAAGCUGCUGGAGAGGUACUAUGCAGGAGACCAGGAGGUGCUGUUUAGAGAGGCUCAUGUAGUGCCACAGCGACGCCAGCAAUCUCAGACAGACAGCACAACUCUCCAAGUCAGAACCCAGUCCACAGCAGCUUGUGGCGCUGCAGCUCUCCCGGGACAGGAGUUUAUCUGUGAUAUUUGCAUGCUGGCAUACAUCUUCGACGCAAUGUGUGGACUGGAGUGUGGCCACUACUUCUGCCAGGAGUGCUGGGACUCUUAUCUGAAGGUCAUGGUCAUGUGUGAGGGUCGAAGUCAGAGCAUCCAGUGCCCUGCCUCUCACUGCUCCAUUGUCGUCGACGAGGCCACUGUGCUGCGUCUGCUCAGAAAACCUGAGGUCCGCAAGAAAUACCAACUUCUCAUCACAAGUAGUUUUGUCCAGGAUCAUCCUCACCUUCGCUGGUGUCCUGCUCCUGGCUGCUCGCAUGCUGUCCUAUGCACCAAUGCUGAUCUGCAACCUGUCGUCUGUGAAUGUGGCCACUCCUUCUGUUUCAAGUGCUGUGAGGAGCCUCAUGAGCCAGUUCUCUGCAACUACCUCACUCGCUGGAAGAAGAAAUGCGAUGAUGAUAGUGAAACUUCCAACUGGAUCCACGUCAACACAAAGGAGUGCCCAAAAUGUCGGGCCACCAUUGAGAAAAACGGUGGGUGUAAUCACAUGGUGUGUUCAACAUGCCGAUGUGAGUAUUGCUGGGUAUGCCUGGGACCAUGGGCUCCUCACGGUGCUAGCUGGUACAACUGUAACAGAUACAAUGAGAAGGAGUCAAAAGACGCCAGAAACCUUCAGGCACAAUCACGAGCAGCUCUUGACAGAUAUCUCUUCUACUGCAAUCGCUAUAUGAACCACAUGAAGAGUCUUCAGAUGGAACACAAGCUGUACGAGAUGGCUCACUCCAAGAUGCAGGAACUGCAAGCAAUGAAUGUGUCAUGGAUUGAAGCUCAGUUUGUCAAGAAAGCCGUAGAUGUACUGUGUCAAUGUCGGCAGGUACUCAUGUACUCUUACUGCUUUGCCUUCUACCUGAAGAAGAACAACCACACCUUCAUUUUCGAGGUAAGCCACACCCACUGGCCAAGAGUGUUGUUUGAGGGGCCGGGGAGGGGGCUGUUUCCCAGGACAACCAGGGGGACCUGGAGAUGGCGACAGAGUGUCUGUCAGAAUACCUGGAGAGAGACAUUACGGAAGACACCCUCUCUAACAUGAAAACAAUGGUACAGGACAAGACCAAGUACUGUGAGAUGAGGUGUCGCGCCGUCCUGGAGCACGUCUACGAGGGAUAUGACAACGACUUCUGGGAGUUUACCGAGUGACUCACAUUCCUCUUCUGUCCAAUUGUAUUAUUUUGUUGGCAUUUUUUCUCAUAUGAAUUCACAACUGUAUCAAUCAUACAAAACUGCAGUGGCUAGUUAGUUGUGAGUUUGGUACUAAAGGGAGUUAGAGAUUGUCUCAAUGUUGAUAAAAGACUGAUGACUUCUCCAUUGUCGCUGGCAACGAUUUUUCCUUCCAGCCGGUCUCCCAGGGCAACCCAGGCCUUGUGUAGUGCGGUGUAGCAGGUGGUCCUCUGUUGGAGAUCAGAGGUCGCAGAUACACUGCGAGACUUGUUUCCCUCUGCAAAGAGUGAGAGGCAGGCAAGGAAGGAGGAACAAGAUUCCGUCGUGCACCCUACUACUGUACAUGGCAUCAUGGUCUUCACAAAAACAGAAAAAAUGUGAAAACAUUAUGCUCCUCACUCUUGCAGGCUAGAAUGGAGGGAGAGAACCUCUGUACCACCAUAUCCACUACCCCAACCAGUACUUGGAGCUGCGCCGGUUCUCUCAGAGAGCUCAGGAGCUGGACAAUGACUGGGAGCAGAACCACAGC